GGCAGUGUCGGCUGUGGAGGUCUGAUUUAGACACUCAGGAGAUACAGAAAUGGGCACGGACGAACUAGUGAGCAGCUCUGCGGCUCGUGUGUCGAAAAUUCUGGACACAAGCAAGUACCAGAACCUCGAUAAGGCCAAGCUGUUGGAAAAAAUAGACGAUGAUAUCCAGGAGUUGAAUCUGCUCAAGCGCAGAAUACGGCAGCUGGAGCAGGACGGCGAAGGCGAAAAGGUCGAGUCCGAAGUGAGUAGCGGGAGUCCGGCCAAGCAGGGUGGUGAGGAAGACGCACGUGCUGUGGAGACUCCGGAGGAGGAGAACAAAGAGGUUGCUCAUUGGAAAGACCGCAGCAAGUCGACGGUGCUGGCCUUGUCCAGCAGCAGGCAGUACCGACAGUACGAGCUUGCGUUUGACAGGGUGAAGCUGUUUUACAAGGAGCAGCACGAGAAGCAGACGGUGGCCUACAACAUCCAGGCCCGGAUCAACUUCAAAACAAAGGUGAGGGACCGCAUGACGAUAUGGGAGGCCCUCACGAAGUUGAACAAGCUCCUCGACGAGUCGGACCCCGACACCGAGCUGUCCCAGAUUGACCACGCACUCCAGACUGCGGAGGCAAUCCGAAAGGAUAACAAGCCGAGGUGGUUCCAGUUGGUGGGCCUCAUCCACGACUUGGGCAAGUUGCUCUACUUUUUUGACUCCCAGGGCCAAUGGGAUGUCGUUGGCGACACGUUCCCUGUUGGGUGCAAGUUCUCGAAAAAGAUCAUCUACUACGACUAUUUCAAAGAGAACGUGGAUACGAAAAACCCGCUCUAUGGGACGAAGUAUGGCCUCUACUCCCCGCAUUGCGGGCUCGACAACGUCAUGUUGAGCUGGGGGCACGACGAGUACAUGUACCAUUUGGCUAAGGAGCAAACGACGCUUCCGCCGGAAGGGUUGGCCAUGAUCAGAUACCAUUCAUUCUACCCGUGGCAUUCCGAGGGCGCCUACAAGUACUUGAUGAACGAGAAAGAUAAGGAAAUGUUGGAAUGCGUGCAAGCCUUCAACCCGUACGACUUGUACUCGAAAACGGACGUGCGCUAUGAUAUCGAGGAGCUGAAGCCUUACUACCUAGAGUUGAUUGAUGAGUUUUUCCCUAACAAGAUUGUUCAGUUCUGAGUAAAC